AACAUGAUCAAAAGUGGAUGAAUGAAAAUAGCAAGAUUUAGAAGGAAAUGAAUCGAAUAACAAGACUUUUUGGAAGUGUGUUUUUCAGGAAUCUUCGAUGCCUUAAUCAAGUUGUAUAUUUCAGGACUAUUCUGUUAAAAUCCAGACAUAUUUGUACGACAACAAACAAGUUUGCUUAUUUUUCUGGGCGAGUUAUUAUGUCACCAUCAAGGACUAGAAAAUUAUGUGAUGUGCCCACAGCAACAUGCUGGAAAUGUAGCUACAGUUAUUUGGCUAGUGUUAAUGGUGAAGCAGUAUUUUUCUGUCCGUCAUGCGAUGUUGUACAAGAACUGAUUUCGGAUAGAACAUAUUUUGAUAUAAUGAACUGGUAUGCUUAAAGUAUGCUGCAUGUGGGGACGAUGUUAUGCUGUGAGGCUUGAUGUUAGGGUUAAUAUAUCUCAGAAAAGAAAAAAAUAGAUGAAAUUGUUGGGCAUUAAUGGGCUUACUAUCUGUCGAAGUCUUUUGUUAAUGCAUUAAGUGCCAGCAUUCGACCUCCCCUUGACUAGUAAAAUUGUCUGGCAUUAGACAGAGUAAAUACAGUAAUAAUACAUAAUAAAGUAAGGCUUCUUUCUUAUUUUACUUCAUCAAAUAUCAAAUGAUGUUAUUUGUCGGUCAUCUUAUUGAUCCAGUAUUACUAAGCAGAAGGUAUCAGACAUAUUAAUCGUGUGGAGGUAGCCAGAAAACCAUCAAAAUUUGACCAGAAUCGAAUGUACUUAGCAUGUUAUUCUCAGAGUAUUUAAUACCUUUUAGCAAACGAACAUUUGAUUUGGACACCAAACAGCUGACACAACAGUUUCGUAGUCUACAAAGCCAACUACAUCCUGAUAAAUUUUCCCUAAAGUCAGAGGUAAACAACAAUUAAAACUAAUAACAUGCAAGUUCAUUGAAACCUUCAAUACUUGUAAUUGAUAAACCUUGGCUGAAUGUUCAAUGACAUAUUUUUUGUUGUUUCAUCUUCAAGAUGGAACAAAACUUGUCAAGUCUACAGUCGUCACUUUUGAAUGAAGCAUAUCAAAUGUUGCUGAAACCUUUAGCAAGAGGAUUAUAUCUGGUAGUAAAACAAGGAAACAUGUAUACAAUUGAUGAUAUAGUAAUUGUUGGUUACUAUACCCAGGGGGAGUCCUCCCCCCACCCUCAGUGAAGGUCUCUUUUGUCUAAAAUGUAGGCAAAAAAGGAAGAAUAAUUAGUGUUUUACUGUAAUAUUAUUCAACUGUAAUACAUUUUGUCUGAGAAUGCAGAAAAACUAGCCAGAUGCUCUCAAAAAAUUGCAAAAAUUUUCCAAAAUUUCUGGGGAAAUUUUUUCUCAUUCACCACCUCCUAGUGAUCUCUUUCCUUGAUGCCCCCCCCCCCCACUGAAGAAUUUUUAAAAGAGGCCCUGACUGGACCUCUUUUUAUUGGGGGGGGGGGGGGAGAGAAUUGGUAGCCCAGUUGUUUGGUCCUUUCAAAUGCAUUGUAAGUAAGGGCCCUUACUCUUAGACUUUUAGGGAAGAGCAGUUUUGGAACUGAUAGAGCAAUCUAGUAUAAAUAAAGUUAGUUUAGUUUUAGAUAAUAAAGAUAUCAUCAUGGCAUUUCAUAUCUAAGUGAUAAUUCUAGCUAGAACUUCAAGGAUUGUCAAUUCAAGACGGCAAUGUAGGAAGUGAUGUGGAGUUUCUCAGUGAAAUUAUGGAAAUGAACGAAACUCUUGAGAAUGGAUCUGAAGAUACCUUGAGAAAAUUAAGAAGUCAAAUUGAAGGUAAAAACUUCUUCUGAAAUAUGCAGGAACUCUUUUCGUCUGUCCCUGACGAUUUGCUUGCAAGGUCAAAGCCAUCGAUCACGAGUUGAAACUGGGAAGAAUUUGUAAAAGCCAGCAUGGUCUUUUUCUAUCUUCGUCAGUUUCACUCCAUUAUCCAUUCUGUAAUAUGAUGCGCCCUCUGUCUUCUAACAUGUCCAAAUCAUCGAAGGUCAAUAUAAAAAUUGCAAUUUUGUUAUCUUUUCUUUAGACAAUUUAGAGUUGUGUACCAAAAAGGCGUCAGAUGCGUUUAAUAAGCGUAAGUGCUAUCGCUGUAACAGUCGUAUUUUUAUUGUUGCUUGAAAAUGAAGAUGACCUGUAGUUUUCCUUUAUUUUCUUGCUUGCGAUUCAAAAAUUACUUAAAAGAUACCUUUUCUCCAUUCCAGAGGAUUUUGUAGCUGCCCAAGAAAUCUUAUCACAAAUGAAAUACUAUGAUAAUAUCAGUGAACAAAUAAGAGAGAAAAUUAUGACAUGAAAUUAUUCAAUCCAGGUUCGUCUAUACUGUCGCUAUAAAAGUUUAAAGCCGUUGCCGUUGGGCAGGAUGUUCACCCUAAAAAUACAAAAAUAGUAUUCCAACGUUAAAACCGUACAGUACUACAGAUGAACAAGUUUACGAAUACCUUCUCGUCUAUACGGUCAACAAGUUUUCCUUGACGGAAUGUUGUUAAACAUCACGGAAUGUUUCAUUGGCAGCCAUACACACGAAAAAUUUUCCUUGUCAAAAGCCGACAUGACUAUAGCUUUGGAACACGGCUGCUUGGCGAGGAAAAAUGAUCAAUUUUUUGCCGCACACAUAAGCAAACGGGGCGGGAUGUGUUAGGUUCGCUUGAAACGUAUAAGCUUUGUAUAAACUAUAUGAGAUUUGUGUAUAAAAGUUUAUAUAUUACAUUAAAAUAUAUUACAAAUGACAUAUCUCUUAUAAAAUGGGAUUACUAUUGUUUGUUUUCAUUUUCCCUUUGGCAGGAUCGGGCGACUGAGUGGCACUGGGACUCACGGUAGAAUUGUCACUCGGAGACGCUGUUCCUUGGGGCGUUCGUUGGCCUUGGCUUUGGCCUUGUUUUUGUCGGGCGUUCUGUUUCAUCUUGGCUGUGUGCUCGAUUAAAGAGAGACAAACGAAGGCCCAAUUGAACAAGUAUUGAGCAGGCAUCGAGCCUUGCUUGCUCACAGAGCCAUGUGAAAUUCCUGACGAAUAAAAAUUAAGAAUAAAAUUUAAGUUUUAAUGGAAAAA